AUGGCGGACCCAGUGGCAGACAAGUCAGGAUUCCUGCGCAUGUACAUGAGCAGCCAUCCUGAUACCCUCGUUGCCUACGCAAAGUGGUAUGGCAAGGUUACAGAACCGAUUGCAAGUGCAGAGAUGACCGCCAUAGACUCGCGGAGUAUGACUCUGACCUGUUCCAUGAAGGACGGGGCGAAGAAAGUCGCAACAGUACCGCUGGAACCUCCCUUGUCAGGGUACGAAGAGGUCAAACCGAGGCUGCUCGAGAUGAAAGCCAAGGCGCAAGAGGGUUUGGGAAUGAUCAAAGCCCCCCAGUUGUCGACUUUCAAAUUAAACACCGUUGCGACAAUAAAGACCGGUGCUGCUAUCGCACUUCUGUGUUACCUCACUUUCUUCCCUCGAGGGAGCGCGUCGCCCUUCUUCUAUCCCGCUCGAACCGCCCAUACAUUGAUAGGAGGGGAUUUCCCCCUCCAAGUAGCGUGGAUCGCCCUCGGCGUCACGCACGCCCUCGAAAGUCUCUAUACGUACUCUCUUUGUAGGAGACACCGAACGGGGUUGCUCGUCGGAACCGGAUAUGUGCUCUCUACGUUCGUCUUUGGUUUCACCGUUUGGGUAGAACUCCGAAGGCGGAUACAGCAAAUGAGAAUCGACUCUGUAAUGAAGGUAGAGUAA